AAUUUUUCCCAAUUUUUUCAGUUUCCAAACAGCUGCACUCGAAAAAUCAUUGUGGAAAAUGUGCUGAAAAGUGGGUGGAAGGGAUCAAAAUAGAAUAAUAAGUGCGUGUAAUUUAGUAUUAUACAGCGUUAAAUUCGCAAAUAAAUACCAAGGUGUUAAACUACAUGUGAAUUUGGGAAAUAUCAAAACAAGAACAGUGAAAAUAUCAAAGGAAAAUUUAGAAUUUUCUUUUGGGUGUCAAUAAAUUUCUUAAGCCCAAGUGAUAUUUUUGUUCUAUGUGCAACGAGGUGCAUGCACUGUCGAUCGCGAUGAUGGAAGAACUAGCAGAUGAGGUUCAGCUCCGUUUUCCGGGGGAAAAAGUAAAUGCGCCUCUGCUUAUAACUAUUUACUACGCCGCCAGAUUGGAUCAUGCCAAACGGCUACUAGCUGCAACAAAUGAUAUACACAACAGAGAGCUGGUCAAAUAUUUAGUAAAUUUGAAAAAAUGCCAAAACCAAGCGGUAAUCCACGUUGCAAGUGCUGCGAUGAAGUUAUGGAGGAGCUUUUGAAUAUGCGCCAAACUUUCGAAAAAUUAUUUCAUCGUUUAAACAAGGAAAUUGUUGACUUGAGGCGCGAGGUUACCGAAGGUAUGGGGCAAAUGUCCUCUGACAAAGCUUUGAAAAGGGAAAGCAGCUGCAGUCCAAGCGCACCUUCUCCACUACCCACUAAAUUUAAGCAAUACAACGACAGCGACAGUGAAACCGAAUGCAUCAGUCUGAAGAAGGAUAAAAAGGCUUCGACUUCCAAAAAAUCGGUCGAUGCUAAUAAGGAAGAUCCCAAAGAUCCGGUUGAUAUAAAAAAUGUCGCAAACGUUAGUCGGCCUGUCUUGGACUUUUAUAGUAUUCAAGCUCGUGUUAUGCCUACACAGCCAUUCAAGACUGCACAACAGUUCGAAGAUUGGAAUACCAUCUUCACACACGACGAAGAUCAGUGCGAUCAAUUGAGGGUUGAACUUCUACAAGGACACUUUGAUGAACCAGAUAAAUAUAUAAAACAUAUAUGGCGUAGCGUUUUUAAAAAUGACGCUGCUGAAAAUUAUUCGUACAGGGGAAAUGGUCGUUGCAAAAAACGUGCUAUUAAAAAUUACAUAUUUACAGACAUUUUCCGAGAAUGUUUUCUGCAACGUUUCCAUCAUAUGGACGCUACCUUUUUCAUGGAACGUACAAUGCGCUUCUUCAACUAUGUACAUGAUCAAUGGAGAAAGAAAAUGCGCAAUCAGCGAGGAGGUAAUGCAAAAUCAAAAAAUGAGGAACCUAUUGAUAACGAUAUGGCGACACAAGAUGAACAAAGUUUCAAUGGCUAUGAAGGCUCAAUGUUUGAGUAAAAAAAACUGCAUACAUACUUAUUUUUAUUAUGUAUGAUGUUUCAACACACAUACGCCUAAAUUCAUAAAAAAUAAAGGAUACUUUAAUUGCUUUAUAAGUCGGAAAUUUGCUUGAAAAUGUCACUUUAUAUAUAUUUUAUUUUUUAUGAAUAAGGCCAAU